UGGGUCGCCGCACGGCCCUCGGCAGCGUCGCCAUGGCCGGGAUGUGCGGGGCGUUCUUCUUGCUGGUGCACGCUGUGGUGUUAUUGAUACUGCUCUUGAAUCAGGUCACCAUGGCGACGGGGAAGACCUCGUGUAACCCAGGCGAAUAUGAGGUUGGAGAAAAUCUUUCCUGUAGCAGAGUCUGCCCGGCUGGCUACUACGUAAGCACACGCAUAGACCAGAACCACCACAUUGGAGCCUGCUCGCCUUGCCCGUCUGGAACUUUCAGAGCUCAUCCCAGUGAAGAGCCUCGAUGCGUGCCGUGUGCCCAGUGCCGAGAGGAUCAGGAAGUGGUGAAGCGCUGCUCCAAGACCAGCGACCAGGAGUGCCAGUGCCAGCCGGGCAAGUUCUACUGUGACUCCGAGGACUGCACAGAGAGCUGCUUCCGGUGUACAAGGUGUGGAGACGGCGCCAUCCUUCAACCCUGCACUGCCAUAAACAAUACAGUUUGUGCCUUAAACCCAGAGUCAGGACACCCGGGAUCGUCAUGGGCCUGCCUGGGUGUUAAUGUGGAGGUUUGCGUUCCCAUCAUCGUCGCCAUCGUCGUCAUCAUCGUCAUUGCUGCUUUUGUUGUCUACAGAAGAACAGGACGUCGGAAUAAGCUAAGUGGCUCUUCCCCAGGAGCCAGUCAGUCCAACGACCUCGAGAUGGGCCCACUAGUCGCGGGUGAGGACACCAGCCAAGAGUUGGUGGGGAACUCAGCCCGGCCGACCUCCGCAGUCCCUGGAGCUGCUGAGCCGCUGCAGGUGGCCAACGGAAGUCUAGCAGCGCCGGGGGAGCCAGGAGACCAGGCCCGAAUGCUCAAGGCCCCCAGGACCACCGGGCCAGGUGGAGCCAUCCCCCUCAGUUGACGGCAAGAAGCAGGUGCGUGGACCGUCCGGUGAGUGUGAACCAGGGCCCCGCCAUGCGGCGGAGCACUCGCUGAGGCAGGCCUGUGUGCGGGGCUCCUGCCGAGUUCCCGCCUCAGUCUCCUGGGCUGCUGUAACCACCCCACACCCGGGCAGGGAGUGGGUGUUCAAACACAGAUUGUCGUGUCUCGUGGUCCUGCAUGGGAAUACCAGACCGCCUGAGCUGCCUCCUGAGACACCUGUAUGCAGGGCAAAAGCAACAAUUAGGACUGGACAUGGAACAACAGAUGGUUUGAAAAUUGGGAAAGAGCUAUGUGAAGGCUCUAUAGUGUCACCCUGCCUAUUUGACUUCUGCACAGAGUUUAACAUCA